GAUGCGUUACUGCAUCCCCACAGCCGCUGAGAAUGGGGAGGGGGGGGCUGACUUCCUCCCGCGGGCAAAUGACCCGCCGUAGAGUGCGUUUUUGAGGGGUGAUGUAAGAGAAAUUAAACUUGACCAGCCAAGCACACCCCCUACCUCAACGACGAGAAGGGCGAGAGAGGUGGCCGUGGAGCACGCCCAGCUCUCUCCUGCCCGACUGGGAGCGGGGCUGCCCGGCGGGUGACACUUACUAAUUAAUUAUGAGCGGGCAGAUGUCCCUUUAAGGUCUGCUGUGCUCUCCGAGGGCUGCAGCUGGAGCCUUGCGGGGGGAGAUUUGGCUUUAUUUGUACAUCUCGGCGCUGGACUAGUUCUAUGGGGAGGCUUCCAGACGCCUUUGGGGGGUGGGUGGGAGGAAAGUUGUGUGCGGGGGGAGGAAGCUAAAUUCUUCUUGAUGCGAAGAAACAACGUAAAGACUGAAUAACAAACAGGAAAUGCCUAACUCGGCUGCAAGGCGGACGGGCGGCGCAGAGCGCUGAACUCCACUCGCAGAGCUGCACCGCCGGGCGCGCCGGCGGCCGGACCGCUCCCGCCAGCUCUGCCCUCGGCCCGGGUUCCCGGCCCCGGGCUCGCAGGAGCCCAGGCAUGGCUGUCUCCUACUGGAUACUGACAGCUCUCUUUCACCUCGUCGGCUCUUCCAAUGUUGACGUGAAAAAUGCAAUGACUUUCAGUGGGCCUCUGGAAGACAUGUUUGGGUACACAGUCCAACAGUAUGAAAAUGAGGAAGGGAAAUGGGUCCUUAUUGGUUCACCGUUAGUCGGCCAACCUGAGAAAAGAACAGGAGAUGUAUACAAAUGCCCUGUAGGGAGAGACAACCAGUCACCCUGCAUAAAACUGAACUUACCAGCUUCUACUUCAGUUCCUAACAUUGUGGAAGUAAAAGAAAACAUGACUCUUGGAACAACCUUAGUGACUAACCCAAAAGGAGGCUUUCUGGCAUGUGGACCACUUUAUGCUUAUAAAUGUGGGCGUUUGCAUUACACAACUGGAGUUUGCUCUAAUGUCAGCUCCACUUUUGAAACCAUCGAGGCGAUUGCUCCGUCUGUGCAAGAGUGUAAAACCCAGUUGGACAUCGUCAUAGUUCUCGAUGGGUCCAACAGCAUUUAUCCAUGGGAGAGUGUCACAGCCUUCCUAAACAGCCUCCUGAAAAACAUGGAUAUAGGUCCUCAGCAAACACAGGUUGGAAUUGUUCAGUAUGGACAGACUGUAGUCCAUGAAUUUUUCCUGAACACAUACUCGACAACAGAAGAUGUGAUGGCUGCAGCCACAAGAAUACGCCAGCGGGGUGGCACACAAACUAUGACGGCCCUGGGAAUAGAUACGGCAAGGAAAGAGGCUUUUACUGAGGCUCAUGGUGCGCGAAGAGGAGUACAGAAAGUAAUGGUUAUUGUGACUGAUGGGGAAUCACAUGACAACUACAGAUUAAAAGAAGUGAUUGAUAAUUGUGAAGAUGAAAACAUUCAGAGAUUUGCCAUUGCUAUUCUUGGCAGCUACAGCAGAGGAAAUUUAAGUACUGAGAAAUUUGUAGAGGAAAUAAAAUCAAUUGCCAGUAAGCCUACUGAAAAGCAUUUCUUCAAUGUCUCAGAUGAAUUAGCUCUUGUAACUAUUGUUGAAGCACUUGGAGAGAGAAUAUUUGCCCUGGAAGCAACAACAGACCAGCAGGCCGCCUCAUUUGAAAUGGAAAUGUCUCAAGCUGGUUUCAGUGCUCAUUAUUCUCAGGAUUGGAUCAUGCUUGGAGCAGUUGGAGCAUUUGACUGGAAUGGCACAGUGCUCAUGGUGAAGGACAGUGGUUUUUCAAUGCCAACUAAUGACACUUUUCGUGACAGGCUUUCAGAAAAAAAUGAACCCCUGGCAGCCUAUCUAGGAUACACUGUGAAUUCAGCAUUGACACCUGGAGGUGUACUGUACAUAGCAGGACAGCCACGAUACAAUCACACUGGCCAAGUUAUCAUUUAUAAAAUGGAAGGAAAAGAGGUACAAGUACUUCAGAGGUUAAAUGGAGAACAAAUUGGGUCAUACUUUGGGGGUGUUAUUACCACAAUUGACAUCAAUAGGGACUCAUUUACAGACCUCCUCCUUGUUGGAGCUCCUAUGUAUAUGGGAACUGAAAAAGAGGAGCAAGGGAAAGUAUAUGUUUAUGGUCUGAACAAGACGAAGUUUGAAUAUCAGAUGAGUCUCGAACCUUCAAAGCAAACAUGCUGUUCACCGUUAAAACAGGACACCUGCAAAGUUCUUAAGAAUGAGCCUUGCGGUGCACGCUUUGGGACUGCGAUUGCUGCAGUGAGGGAUCUCAACCUUGAUGGAUAUAAUGACAUUGUAAUAGGUUCUCCCCUAGAGGAUGAUCAUCGGGGAGCUGUUUAUAUUUAUCAUGGCCGUGGCAACACAAUCAGUAAAAAAUAUUCACAGCGUAUUGCAUCAGGUGGAGAUGGGGAAAAAGUGAAAUUUUUUGGCCAGUCUGUGCAUGGAGAAAUGGAUUUAAACGAUGACGGGCUGAUCGACGUCACCAUUGGAGGCCUUGGUGGGGCUGCCCUCUUCUGGUCUCGUGAUGUGGCUGAAGUAAAUGUUUCCAUGCAAUUUACACCCAAAAGCAUCAAUAUCCAACAACAAAAUUGUCAGAUAAAUAAAAGAAAAACAAUAUGCAUAAAUGCCACAGUUUGUUUUAAGACCAGACUAAAGUCGAAGGAAGAUAUAUUUGAAUCCAGUCUGCAGUAUUGGAUUACUCUCGACUCACAAAGACAAAUAUCUCGAAGUUUGUUCACAGAAAGCCAGGAGAGGAAGAUGCAAAAAAAUAUAACUAUCAAAGGGUCAGAAUGUAUUAAACAUAACUUCUACAUGUUGGAUAAGCCUGACUUUCAGGACUCUGUAAAGGUUUUGCUGGAGUUCAAUUUUUCUGAUCCAGAGAGUGGACCUGUUCUUGAUAGCAACCUGCCAAAUUCAGUAUCUGAAUAUAUUCCUUUCACAAAAGAUUGUGGAGCCAAAAAUAAAUGCAUUUCAGAUCUUGUUCUGAAUGUAAAAGCAAGCAUAGCUGGAGACAGAUCUUCUCCAUUCCUUGUAAAGUCACGCAAUGAUAAGUUCACCAUCCAGCUCUCUGUGAAGAACAAAAAAGACAGUGCCUAUAAUACCAGGGUUUUGGUUCAAUAUUCUCCAAAUAUUAUUUUUGCUGGCAUUGAGGGUAUACAGAAAGAUAGCUGUGAAACUAAUCACAACAUCACCUGUAAAGUGGGAUAUCCAUUUCUAAAACCUGCAGAAGAGAUUUCCUUCAAAAUAUCAUUCCAAUUCAAUGCAUCAUAUCUCCUGGAAAAUGCUACUGUUCAUGUAUAUGCAACAAGUGACAGUGAAGAACCACCUGAGACCCUGAGUGACAACAGAGGACACAUUACAAUUCCAGUAAAAUAUGAAGUAGGAUUAAUAUUUGUAAGUGUUUUCAAAGAGCACCAUGUUAUAAUUGCAGCAAAUGAUACCGUCCCUACUGCUAUUAACACAACAGAACAGAUUGGGGAUGAAGUUACUCUACAUUAUAGGAUUGAAAAAGGUGAACAAUUUCCAAUGCCAAACCUUACGCUGCAGAUCUUAUAUCCCAAUGUAACAGCAGCCAAGAACACUCUUCUCUACCUUACUGCAUUGUCACAUUCCCAAAAUGCCAUCUGCCAAACUAGUUACCCUGUAGAUCCCUUAAAGUUCAGCACCGGGAAAUCAUUUGUGUUGCCAAAAAUAAAAGAACCUACAAAGGAUACAAUUAUGGACUGUGAUACAUACAGCUGUGCAUCUAUUAAUUGUGCCCUGGUCCCAUCGGACAUAUAUCAAGUGAAUGUUUCAUUAAGAGUAUGGAAACCUACCAUCAUAAAGGCAAGUAUUCACAGCUUAACCCUUGUUGUGAAAGCAUUACUUAGGAGUGAGAACUCAUCACUGAUUUUGAGAAAUGACCAUCAAAAACUGGAGACCAUGAUUAAGAUUUCCAAAGAACUCCCACCAGGUACAGUCCCCUUAUGGGUUAUCCUCCUGAGUAUCUUCGCUGGACUAUUGAUUCUUGCACUGCUUAUAUUUGCUUUGUGGAAGGCUGGAUUUUUCAAGAGACCACUAAAGAAGAAAAUGGAGAAAUGAAGGGGGGGGGGGAGGAAGCAGAAAUUUUUGCUCAGGUCUGCCUCAAAAAUGUUACUGUAAAAUUAUAAACUUAGAUGCAGCGGUCACAAUGUUUUCUAAACUCUGGUGCAUUAAAAAAACAAGCAGCAGAACGACAACAAGCAAAUCAAGCACACAUGCAAAGGAAGAAUAAAAAGUCUUAUGGCAUUUUGUGAUACUCAAGGACAUACUUUCAAGUGUUACUCACUUUUGGAGUAACUGAGUUCAAAGAAUCUAAUGUUUUUAAUAUGGAAAAUGUGUAAUCAUAUUUUUAUAUACCUAUAUAAGUGGAAUCGUUUUUCAUUCCAAAUUAUGCAACAAGUCAGCUUGUAUGUAGCAAUCCCAGUCUUUUUUAUCACCUUACAAUUUUCAAAAGGAAAAAGCAUAAUUUUCAAAAUUUCCUCUUUAUGUCAGUUCUGUGAAAGAAAACUGUCAGUUCACGAAGCAGAACAUGCAAACUUUGAGAAUGCACCAAAUACUGUAUGGUAACUGAUGUAAUGACAAUUCAGAAGAUAGAAGCACCUGCAGAAUUUUGGGUGAAAAUUACUGAGAUACCUUGGACUUCGCUUUCUGCUCAUUUUAGUGUGUCCAGCUGAACCUAGGAUUUUUAUGGUCAAGUGGACCAUGAAGGAUUGAUCCAUUAAAUUACACAACUGUUUGAACUUGAAACAGAUUUUUGGCAGGCCUUAAAAUGUAUGCACAAAACAUUCAAGCCCAUCUGAUUGCACACUGUACUCAAAUAAGCAGGGGGACAAUUGUAUCUGCAAGUUGAAAUGUCCAUAUUUAUGCAGAAAAUGUUGAGAGGUGCCCUGAAAGUUUGACUCUUGCUGUAUAUGUUGGAGUAGCCAGGAGGGUGCUUCAUAAACUGUCACUGUAAAUUUACUGUGUAGCUAUUUAAUCCAAUGAGUUUAAAGUGUACAAAAUGAUAAUUAACAAAAGAGCACAGAUAGGAAAUUCAGCACUGGCAAGGUUCUUCUAGUAUUAUAAGUCACACCUCAUCUUUGUUACUUAUGAGUUUAAGAAGUGAUGAAGAAUUUGCAUACUAAAUACGCACUUAACUAACGCUGUUUAUUUUGUGUCAAAGAUUAAAAUUUUAUAUGAGAAUACACUGAAAUGUAGAUAGCAAAAGAUUUCUUUAAGAAAUUUUUUUCUUUCUAUUUAGACUAUUUAGUUUCCUCCCUUCUUUCACAUACUUGUCUUCCUUCCAUGAGGAUCUCUCCCCAGGGCUCUUGGGCUGUGCCUUAUCCUUGAGAGCUUCCUAUAUUACUUGCAGCCACACAAAAUGAACAGAAGAAAGUGGAGUUUUGCUGGCAAAGUGCAAUGUUGCCUCAGCAUGAGACAACUUGGUAUUGAUUGCCAAUAGAUCAGAAAAUGUUGAGGAGACGUACUGAGUUCUGUAAGACCUACUUGUUUGCAGAAACACUUUGCCUUGCCAAGGAAGCCAGGAAAAUUUGCUCCUCCUCUUGGUACAAAUGUCACUGAAAUGAAAAAAAAAAUCAUUGCAGUUUUCCAAAAGGUUUUAACUUAGCACUGACUUUAUAGUAAUAGCUUAAAAAGCAGUAAUAUAUUUUAUAAAUACUUCUUUUUCUUUAAGAAGAGACCAUAGAUUGGGUUGAACAUAGUGGGCAGAACAACUCUGGAAGUGUGCCAGAAGGUGCUUCACUGUCUGAAAGAUGCUGUCACUCUGCAGUCCCUUCCAUUUAGUUCCUAUAUUAGAGAGAGUAGUUAUUGAGAAGGGCUGAGAGGUAUGUGAAUGCAGCAAGUAGGAUUAAGUUUGAAAGUGUUUGCAAUUUCUCCUUGUGCCUGUGGGAAAGGUGGUUAUUUCAUAACAACAGUCUGCUGAAGGUAGCAGCAUGACUCAGAGGAGAGGGCAAAGCCCUCUCUGGGAGCACUGUGGGUGGCUGUGCUUUGUGGAGCCUGGGAGAGCCACCGAGUCUGCAGACUUGCUUGCUGUGCUCAUCUGCACGCCUGAAAGUGCACCCUGUCUGAAGGGGCACAAGGAGAGUUGCCCUGGUUCUGAGCACAGAAGGAAGACUUGAAUGGAAGCAAAAAAAUGACAUAGAGGGGUUGCGGAUAGAAUCCCUGCUUCAUUCAUCAUGCAAGUCAAAUAGUCCUUGAAGGAAGGCAAAAAUCUAUUUGUUGAACACUGAAGAUAAAUUAAUAUUCGCAGAGGUGUUUUCAGUCCCAUGUGAGAUGCAGGUUUUAUUUUAGGAAAACAUAUGAUUGUGCCAAUUUGUUUGAAAGGUUUAAAUAGCACUUGUCACCGUAGCAUCUGAAUGCCUCAGAAUUGUAAAAGUUUUUUCCUUAUAGUAUCUCUGUAAAGGCAUAGCAGUGCUGUUAUCCUAUUACGGUUUUGUAAAGGAACAGAAUACGAAGGAAUUGUGACUCACCUAUGCACAUAGAAAGUCUGUGGUAGCAGAGGAAAUACUAUUAUUUAUUAUUAUUCAGCCAGUUUGUUAACCAUGAGGUCAUUUUUCCUGGCUUCAUAAAAUUACUCAGAGGUUGUGCAAGCCACUCAUCAUUUUUAUGCAGAAUACUUUUAUUUUGUUUAAGUGUUCCACUUUUUAGUUAUGAUAAGCUGUUAACCAGAGCUUUUUACUUUUCUGAUGACAUUUCAUGUCUCAUUUUAAAGCAUGAGCCUAACUGAAAAAAUAUAAGUCAAUAGAACAGUCUACUUCCCUAGUUAAAGACUAUGCAAAAAUACAUAAGUAUUUUAUCAAUGCAAAGUAUGUUUGAGAUCAGUGUUCCAUUCUUUUUAGUCUUGCUUUGCACUGUAAAAACAGUAAUAAGCUUCAUAUAACCACACUGCUUUCCUCUUUGUCAUGAUGCUUUCUCCCUUUUCACAUUUGUCCUAUUAUCAGAUUUUCAGUUAUUAUAUAUAUAUUUAAAAUAUGAGUAUGUAAUGGGGAUACUGCUAUAGCACAUUAUUCUUACACAGGCUAAAUUAGUAAAAUCACUGUUUUUAUCCAUAAGAGCCUUUCCAUACAGUACUGCAAGAGCAGUAUUUUACAUCUUUUCACUAUGUACAACAGAAAAGCCUACUGAAAGCAAUAUUGCAAACAUCAGGAACAUCUCACUGAAAUUUGGCAGGCACAAAAAAUAUUGGAACACCAUGUAAUAUGUUUUGUUCCUAUAAAAAGACACAUUAGGGUUGUAAUAUGAUUCUAAUAACUAGCAAGUUAAACAUUUUUUCAUUCAAAUAAAAGCCUGUAAAAAAUAAUAAUAAUAAAUUGGGUCUAUAACCAGAGCUUAAGCAACAGAGGGAGUCUGACCCAACUCAGUUCCUAACUUCAGCACUGAAGUAGCUAAUGGAGGGAAUGGACAAGCUACAUUUCUAUAGCAUAGAACUUCUCUGGAAAGAAACAAGAGCUUUAAACCAUCACUCCUGCUUCAAUUUGAGGCUGUUUUAGAGUUGUUGAUCCUGUAUGUAAUUUUAGAAAACUUAGAAAACAGCAUCUACAUUAGAGUGAUCUCCCUGGGCUGCUGCUUAUGUUCCUGCGCUUGUCUGGUGUCACUGUAGGUCUGUAUCAUGAGCCCUUGCUACAGACACAACCCACAUAUCCUGACCCCUUACCUGAACCCUUUAGUACAUAUCCUGUGCUGAGUCAUUCUGAGCAUGAUGUUCCUCUUCUGCAGAGCUUGAGUCAGGGGAAUCCACCUUCAACUGGAGCCAAGAGGUUUCAUCUCACUUGGCACUGAGAGGCUGGAGUUAGGGUCCCACUCAUCUAAUAGAUUUCACAUAGUCUAAUUGUUUUAAUUUCUUGAAUUAACUAUUGUAUAGAUGAUGAUCCCAUUCAAAAAUAAAAGCAGAGCAAGAGAA